AUGAAUAUAAUAUAAUUUAAAACAGUGACAUCGUGGAUUGUUUUGGUUUUAUCAAUAAUAGGAGUGUUACUUUCAUUGUUUUACAUAUACACCUUCUUUAGGAUCAAAAAACUACAUAAGAGUCCAGGUGAUAUAUAUUUUGGAAUGUGUUUAGGAGAAAUGGUUAUGAUGUUGCACUAGUAAGUAAAAAUCAAAUUUAUUAGUAUGACAGAUUCUAUAGUAUUUAUUAUAAGUGAUAGUAAAUAUAAUACUAGUGCAUUAUGUUUUAUUAAUAUUGUGGCUUUCACUUUUUCUGUCAUACUUAUUUAUUCAUAUACAAUUUAAUUGUAUAUGCAUAUGAUUGUAAGACUCAUCUUUACACUUCAAGCGAAAAAAAUCAAUAAAUGGUAAGGACAUUUAGCAACUUGGUUAAUUUCAAUGCUUUAUGCAGUUAUUUCUCUAGUAUCUUUUUAAGAAAGUGCUUGUGGAGUCACUCUCUCAUCUACUGCACCAUUUACUUUUAUAAUUUUAUUGUUGAGCUUUUUCGCCAUGGCAAUUACUACUAGACAAUAUAUCAAAUAAGAAUGUACUACCCAUUCAAAUGUAUUACUUUAGCAUUAUCCAAUAGAGUAAACUUUAAAAGGAGGGUUAAAAUUUUAUGUAUUACAUAACCAGAUUAUUUAUUGCUUAAUCUUUAAUAAUGACUAGUUUCAUUACCUUUGCUAUGGUUGCUUAUCUUUUUAGUUAAAUAAAGUAAUUAGAGAAUUGUUCUCUUAACGAUAGUGAUACAGCUUGGUUGGUUAUACUUGGUUUUUUUGCUUAGAUUUCUGCUGUUGUAUAUCCUAUUGUUAUUCCUUUAAUAAGAUUAUUUGAUCCAUUUAUAUUCAAGCAUUUGAAGAAAUAUUAUCAUCCUGAUCGAUUUCACUUAGAAUCAAGAGAUAUUUCAAUGAUUCAACAAUCAUUUGAAGAAACAAGUUUGUAAUUAUUUAGAUAUUCUAUUAUUUAUAGAUAAUAAAAGAAAAUUAGUCUUGAUGGACUUAGUUAAUCCUUAAUUGAACAAAAUUCAUUUCAUGUUUCAUAAGAGUUUGCAUCUUUUAGAAAACCUUUUACAUAAUCUGAUUAUAUAAGAUCAAAUACUGCUAUUUCAAAUGGAAGAAGUAGAUAACUUACAAUGUAAAAUAAAUAAGAAGAUCCAUUUAUUCAUUAACUUACAAAUCAAUUAAGAAGUGAAAUUAUUAAAAGAAUUCUAGCCUUAAUAUUAAUUCAAGAACAUGAUAAAAUUAAAGCUAUAAACUAAAAUAAAUGUUUUAAAAAGAUUUUAAGACAUCAAGCAAAUUAAGACUAUGAUGAUUAAGUUGUCUUUACUGUAAAUGAUAUGUUUUUGAAAGAACAUUUUAAAGAUUAAUUCAAAAUUUAGAAUAAAAAAUUUAAAAUGAUUUCAUAUGCUCCUGUCAUAUUUGAUAUUCUUACGUAAUAAUAUUUUUAUUAUAUAUUAGUAAGGAAGAUUAAGAAAAUUUGGAUCUAUUAAAUUGUUUUGAUCUUGAAACUAAUCAAGAAUAAAUAAGAGAAUGUGCUUAAACUACUGGUGGAAAAUCUGGGGAAUUCUUUUUCUUUAAUCAUAAUAAUAAAAUACUCUUAAAAACAAUUAGCAUGUCUGAAUUGCAAAUAUUAUUAGAGAUGAUUGAAUAGUAUUUUUGGCAUUGCACUAAUAAUCCUAAUACAUUAAUUGCUAAGAUUUUAGGAAUAUAUACAUUUGAAGGAUUUGAAAUUGGAAGAAUUUCUAUGAUUCUAAUGAAAAAUAUUGGUAAAAUUAACAAAAUGGCCAUUAAACGAAUUUUUGAUUUAAAAGGAUCCAGUUAUGACAGAGAAGUCAUUAAAACAAUUAAACCAUCUGGUGAAUUAAAUUCUUAAUAAUUGGAAACUAUCAUAACAAAAGAUAAAGUAUUGAAAGAUUUAGAUUUCUUAAAAUUAGAAAAAUAAAUACAUAUAAGUCCUGAAUUUUGUACCUCAAUUUAUGAAUAAUUAGAAAUUGAUACAUUAUUUUUAAAGUCAUUAGGUUUUAUGGAUUAUUCUUUAUGUAUUAUGAUUGUUGAUUGGUUUAGUUUUUAUGAAUCUUAACUUUAUCAUGAAAUAUAAGAUGAAGAAGUUAUUAAUAAGAUAAUUGGAUAAAAAUUAAUAAGAUUACAACAUUGUUAUCCUAGUACAAUAUAAAAAGGAUAAUAUUAUCAUAUAGGUAUUAUUGACUAUCUUUAAAAAUAUAAUUUGUAAAAAAUUACUGAAAAAUACGCUAAAAAGUUUUUAAAAUUAGAUUCAAAUUUAGACACAUCCUCAUAAAACCCUUAUGAAUAUAGGAAGAGAUUCUUGACUUUUAUGAAGAGAAUAUUAUGA